UGCCGUGUUAAAUCAAUUGCCUAGCCCAAAAAUUCUCUCACUCAAAAAAACACAAUAAAUUCCCAUACAUAGGACAAAGAACCCGGCAUACCGAUAGAUAUUUGAGAAAUCCCACAAGGAAUCCACCACAAAAGAAGAUGAUUGUCACCAGUAGCGGGACUUCUCAUCAGCGGGGCCGAAAAAUUCGGGAACAGUGCGGAUCCUGUCCGAAUCGGUUCUCCAAGGACAAGCGGCAGGUGAUCGCCGAGGAUUCGGAUACCACGGAGGUGGAGUCGGACACGGAUGAGGAGGACCGCUGGAAGGAAGUGGCACGGGCCUCUGAAAUUCCGGCCGACUAUUAUAAUAUCCAGAAACUGGUCAAGUACAUCAAGGCGGGCAAUCAGACAGCCACUAUAGUAUCGUUGUGCUGCUUAAAGGACUACGAUCUGAGUACCCAGAUCAAUCAGUUCGCCAUCUCGGACAUCGGGGGGCUCGAUGUCCUGGUAAAUAUUCUGGAGUGCAGCGACACCAAGUGCUGUUUGGGUGCCCUCACAGUUCUCUCGGAUAUCACACUGAACAUCGAUAUAAGGAAGACCAUCGUGGACUUGGAUGGCAUUCCGCUGAUAGUGGACAUUUUGAACUCCUCGAUGAAGGAUCUAAAGACAAUGGCAGCCGAAACACUGGCGAAUGUGUGCAAAGUGCGACUGGCGAGGAAGUAUGUGCGCACCUGCGGGGGAAUCCCCAAGCUGGUGGAUCUCAUCGAUAUUAAAUUGAGCAUUUUAAAGACCCCUCGUGACACACUGAGUGCCGAUGAUCUAGAAUCGCUGGAUAUGACACGAGCUGGAGCCCGAGCCCUUUUCACCCUGGCCGAUUCCAAGCACAACAUGGAGCAGAUGCGCAAGAGCGGAAUCGUUCCUUUAAUGGCUCAGCUUCUGAAGUCCUGCCACAUCGAUGUGGUCAUCCCCAUAAUGGGCACCGUUCGCAAAUGCUCCUCGGAGCCGAAAUUCCAACUGGCCAUCACCACCGAAGGCAUGAUUCCCGACAUUGUGACCCAUUUGAGUUCCGAGAACACCGAACUAAAGAUGGAGGGCAGUACAGCGAUAUACAAGUGUGCCUUCGAUGGAAAUACCAGGGAUUUGGUUAGGGAGGCUGGCGGCUUGGAGCCCCUGGUUACGAUCAUUAAGGACAAGAACUUAAGGGACAAUAAACCCCUCUUGAGGGGCGCCACUGGAGCGAUUUGGAUGUGCGCCGUUACCGAUGCGAAUGUCAAGGUAUUGGAUCAACUGAGGACGGUCAACCACUUGGUGGCCCUGCUGAAUGACGAGUGUGACGAGGUGCUGACCAAUGUCACUGGAGCUCUUUCGGAAUGCGUGAGGUUCCAGAGCAACCGGGAGCAAUUGCGUCAGGCUGGAGGAUUGCCAGCCAUGGUUUCGCUGCUCAACAGCUCGCACGCCCCACUCCUAGAAAAUCUGGCCAAGGGUCUGAAGGAGUGCGCCGAGGAUCCGGAGAGCAUGAGGAUCCUGGAGGAUCUAGAUGCGGUUCGACUGAUCUGGUCUCUGUUGAAGAACACCAGCACAAGGGUUCAGGCCCAUGCAGCCUAUGCCAUUUGCCCUUGCGUUCGUAAUGCCAACGACUCCGCCGAAUUGGUGAGGAGCUUGGUGGGCGCCAUGGAACUGGUGGUGGGUCUCCUAAAGUCCAAGGAUAUUAUGGUUCUAUCCGCCGUUUGUGCGGCCAUCGCUACUAUUGCCCAGGAUCAAACCAAUCUGGCCAUCCUAACCGAUCUGCGGGUCAUCUAUAAGCUGGCCGAUCUUGUCCAGACCACCGACGAUCUGCUGCGCAUGAACUUGGCCGCCGCCGUGGCCGCCUGUGCCUGUUUUGGCAAUAACACCGAGGAGCUGGGACGCCUGCGCACGGUGACCCCAAUUGUCACCUACAUGACCAGCGACAAUCCCCUCGUGCAUCGCAGCACGGCCAUGGCCCUGGAGAAGCUAUCGAUGGAUCCGCAGAACUGCAUUACCAUGCACCAGAGUGGAGUUGUUCCCUUCCUGCUGGAGUGCAUUGGAUCCACCAAUAAGGAGCUCCAGUUGGCCGCCGCUGGUUGUCUGAGGAAUAUCCGAGAACUGGCCUUGCGGGCCGAGGAAUAUCUGCUCAAAAUCGACGAUGACUAGCUUGUUUUUUGCUUUGUUAUGUUGUGUAAUUGCUAUUCGACUAAAUA